UCCCGCCUCGACGCCUCCUCGAACAGCGGGGCUGUAAUCGCCGGGGCGGAGAGCCAGGCGCAGGCCGGGCCCCGCGUGCGAUAUGGAGAGCGCGGCGGCGGCCUCGGCCAGCAGCAACAGCCGCCUUCGGAGCCGCCGCGGCUUCGGGCACUAGAUCGAGGAAGCUGAGCCCGGAGCUGUCGUCCUUGCCGUCGCCGCUGCCUCCGCACCGGGCGCUGUGAUGGAGUAGGGGCCCCCGCAGCCGGUGAGAAGCGUGCCCGCCCCUCGGACCGGGCCGGGUCCCGCUCCAGCCCAGCUCGACCUGAGGAGAUACCUCCGCGUCCGGAGAUGCAGCUCGAGCGCAGGCCGCCCGCCGAGCCGCGGGGCUAGACUGAACGCCGAGUCGCGGCCCGAGCCCCGAAGCCGCCACGUUCUGCGCCCCGCGGCCGCCUGGGACAAACUCGAACGCUGGUUCCUCUACUUUUUUUUUUUUUUCCUUCUUCAUCUGCAAGUCUCAGGGACGGAGGAGGGGCGCCGAGGCCCCAUGUGUGGGAGGAUUGCUUCAGCCUCGCAAACUUGCACGGAUUUUGGUGACUACUUUGGCCAGUGGUUCUGCUCUGAUUUCCUCCCAGUUGUUGCAAAUUCGCCAUUGUUUCCAGGCUGCUCACAAAGUUGGAUCCGGAAUUUUUUUUCAACCGGGAGCCAACGGUGUCGAAGUGUCUGCAAUGAACCCCGUGAAUGCUACUGCUCUCUACAUUUCCGCGAGCCGCCUAGUGCUCAACUACGACCCCGGAGACCCCAAGGCGUUUACCGAGAUUAACAGGCUCUUGCCUUACUUCCGACAGUCCCUCUCGUGCUGUGUUUGCGGACAUUUGCUACAAGAUCCUAUUGCACCCACCAACUCCACCUGCCAACACUAUGUCUGCAAAACUUGUAAAGGCAAGAAAAUGAUGAUGAAACCUUCAUGUAGUUGGUGCAAAGACUAUGAGCAGUUUGAGGAAAACAAGCAGUUAAGCAUCCUAGUGAACUGCUACAAAAAACUAUGUGAAUAUAUAACACAGACUACAUUGGCACGCGAUAUAAUAGAAGCAGUCGACGGUUCUUCUGAUAUUUUGGCUUUGCUUAAUGAUGGAUCAUUGCUUUGUGAGGAGACAGAAAAACCUUCAGAUUCAUCCUUUACUUUGCCUUUGACACAUUCCCCUUUACCUUCGACCUCAGAACCCACAACUGAUCCUCAAGCUAGUUUAUCUCCAAUAUCUGAAAGCACCCUCAGCAUUGCUAUCGGCAGUUCUGUUAUCAAUGGUUUGCCUAUUUAUAAUGGACUUUCAAUAGAUAGAUUUGGUAUAAAUAUUCCUUCCCCUGAACAUUCAAAUACGAUUGAUGUAUGUAACACUGUUGACAUAAAAACUGAAGAUCUGUCUGACAGCUUGCCACCUGUCUGUGACACGGUAGCCACUGACUUAUGCUCCACGGGCAUUGAUAUUUGCAGUUUCAGUGAAGAUAUAAAACCUGGUGAUUCUCUGUUACUGAGUGUUGAGGAAGUACUCCGCAGCCUAGAAACUGUUUCAAAUACAGAGGUUUGUUGCCCUAAUUUGCAGCCCAAUUUGGAAGUAUCCAAUGUAUCCAAUGGACCUUUUCUGCAGCUUUCUUCCCAGUCUCUUAGCCAUAAUGUUUUUAUGUCCACCAGUCCUGCACUUCAUGGGUUAUCAUGUACAGCAGCAACUCCGAAGGUAGCAAAAUUGAAUAGAAAACGAUCCAGAUCAGAAAGCGACAGUGAGAAAGUUCAGCCACUUCCAAUUUCUACCAUUAUCCGAGGCCCAACAUUGGGGGCAUCUGUUCCUGUGACAGUGAAACGGGAGAGCAAAAUUUCUCUUCAGCCUAUAGCAACUGUUCCCAAUGGAGGCACAACACCUAAAAUCAGCAAAACUGUACUUUUAUCUACUAAAAGCAUGAAAAAGAGUCAUGACCAUGGAUCCAAGAAAUCUCACUCUAAAACCAAGCCAGGUAUUCUUAAAAAAGACAAAACAGUAAAGGAAAAGAUUCCUAGUCAUCAUUUUAUGCCAGGAAGUCCUACCAAGACUGUGUGUAAAAAAACCCAGGAAAAGAAAGGGUGUAAAUGUGGGCGUGCUACUCAAAAUCCAAGUGUUCUUACAUGCCGCGGCCAACGCUGCCCUUGCUACUCUAACCGCAAAGCCUGCUUAGAUUGUAUAUGUCGUGGCUGCCAAAACUCCUAUAUGGCCAAUGGGGAGAAGAAGUUGGAGGCAUUUGCUGUGCCAGAAAAGGCCUUGGAGCAGACCAGGCUCACUUUGGGCAUUAAUGUGACUAGCAUUGCUGUGCGCAAUGCUAGUACCAGCACCAGUGUAAUUAAUGUCACAGGGUCCCCAGUAACGACGUUUUUAGCUGCCAGUACCCAUGAUGAUAAAAGUUUGGAUGAAGCUAUAGACAUGAGAUUCGACUGUUAAAUCAGUGGGUCUUUAAACCUGCCUCUGGUAGGGAAAUAGCUACAGUUUAAGGCAGCUAUGGUUUUGUUGGUUUAACUUGCCGGAGCUCCUGCAUAUAGAUCACUUGUAUCAAGUGUUUUCAUUGCUAAGUUAUAUGUGUUAGUGUCGGGGAAAUAGUUUGCAGAUAAUGGAGGAGUAACCCUACAACUAUAUGUCCUUAGUUCUUACAGAACCUCAUAGUUUGAGAACAAAUGCUGAUGCAACUGAUUUAUACAAAAUGAACUUUGGCAAGGAAGAUAACAUUAACCUCAUUGUUUAUGGUCAUGCUUUGUGCGUAAUCAAAGUUUAUGAUUAAAUGUAAGGAAGUGGUAUCUAGUCAGUCCAUAAAGAUUGUGCUAAGUUUUUGUGAAACGUAGCCAUUGUUUGUUCAGGAGACUCAGUGCUUGCUAUCUUCAGAUGCCAUUGAUGUUUCUCCUGUUGAAAAGCUGAUGUGUCCAGCUCAAUCUAUAUGCUGACAAUACCAUUUCUGAUCAUGAAAAUUGGCUACUGGUGUAUGUAGCAGUUCUUAAAUCAGCAGUAUUAUGAAAGAAAAUUUGCCCCUCAUUAGAAUGUUGAAGAAAUCUGUCUUUUAAAGGUGAACAAACUGAAAUUCUGUCAGACUGCCUAUGUUUAGUUAUUUAUGCUACCGAAAUUUUGUGAGUUGAGCUCCUUUUUUUAGUGAAGUCUGACUUAUUUCUAGGGAAAAAAUUCUUGAUCCUUUCUUCACUGUGCGCAAUGUUCUAAUUAGAUAAAUGAAGUGGAGAAGAGCAGUUUUAUUCUGAAGCUGAUUGAGUUUAGAUUAUAGUAUGUGACAAUUAAAAAUAUGUAAACGUUUUAUUUAGAAAUUGGGAUGUAUUUAAAAUAAUUUUGGAAUAAUGCCCCCAAAUGUAUCCAGAUUUUUGCAUUAUACUUAACUGCUAUUGGCCACUUUGAUUUUUUGUUUCCUCGAAUAGUUUGCCACAGACUAUUUUAAAUAUGCUUUUUUUUUUUAGGGUGCUAUUUGUUAUGAAGGCUUCUAUAUAGAGGCCUAAUAAAAAUGCCUUUUUUAAUGAAGCCUCUGCAUUUAGGUAGGUUUGAAGCUAGGAUGAUUUUCUUUAGAAUGCUCUUUUGCAUGUAAAGCACAAACUAUGUUUCAGUUUAAAUGCACUUCUUCCCUUUAAUUUUUAUGGGGAAAACAAGUGAGUCACAAACAUUCUGUUGAAGGGAAGUCUGGUCAGUUGCUUGAAAGAGCACAGCCCAAAUAAAACAAGGACUGACUAGGUUGUAAAGAAAUGACCUUAUGAUUUAAAAGAAGAGUUGCUGCUUUGACAGUGCUUAUUUAAAGAAAAAUACUGCUGGAAAACUUCCAAUUUUUACGUUCACCAUCUCGUGAGAUCUGACAUAUGCUGAAGUUACGUUUUGAUUUGGCACACAGCAUGUUCAAUGAUGGUUACUCACCUAGGACAAGACAUGGAGAAGAAACCUUGGACACAGAGCAGAUGACACCUCCUUCUGUUUUGUAGUGUAUCCUGGUGUCAUUUUCUGUGAAUGUGGUCAGGUAGAGUUGUUUUUCUUGUUGAGCUUUUUUUUUUUUUUUUUUUUUUUUUGGUCUCUUGGUGGGGUGGGGGUGGGCUAAAGCCAUAGGAAGAAAAAUGUGAUGUAUGUGUCCAGUAUGUACUAUUUUGUUUUGUUUUGCAAGAAGAGUUGAACUAUUUUUGAUAACAAGAGUAAAUGGUGGAAAAUGCUU